AUGCCAUCUUUAUCAAUGGAAAGCAGCAUGCCCCCCAAGGAGGUGCUUAAUAAGCAGGGAGAUGGAGAUCUAGUAAAGGAGAACGCAAGCCAAGCCAAGGAUAAUAAUGAACCAGCUGUCACUGAAAAGACCUCUACAGAUUCCCCAGAAUAUCCUUAUACUGUCUUCAACCUACGUGAGAAGUAUAUGAUUGCCAUUAUCUGUGGGAUUUCAGGGUUCUGGUCCGCCGUCUCCAAUAACAUCUAUUUCCCAAUCAUUUAUACCAUUGAAAACAAAUUCCACGUCACUGAAGAGCUUGCCAAUGUGUCAGUGGUGCUUUAUUUCUUAUUACAAGGGAUUGCCCCGAUGUUUAGUGCGAGUAUGGCUGAUUCCAUCGGUCGUAAACCGGUGGUGAUCUUCUGUUGUGGGGUGUUUGUAAUCGCUUGUGCUUGUAUCGGGGACUCCAAUGUUUAUUGGUUAAUUCUUGUCCUUCGAUGUGUUCAAGCUGCCGGGAUCGCCCCAGUGAUCGCCAUCAACAGUGGUAUUUGUGCCGAUUUGGCCCCUCGUUCAAAACGGGCUUCCCUUAUCGGCUUCACUUCCGGGAUCCAAUUAUUGGCACAAAGUAUCGGUGCAUUACUUGGUGGGGUCUUGGCAUCGGGGUUUCAUUCUUGGAGAGCGAUUUUCUGGUUCUUAUCCAUUGGUGGUGGGGUCACCAUGAUUUUGAGUUUUUUCAUCUUACCAGAAACUAAGCGUUCCAUCGUUGGUAAUGGCUCGAUUCCUCCAAAAAAAUUCAUCAAUAAAUCACCAAUUUGGUUAGUUCCUCAUUUCAAGAAGAAGUUGACCAACGACAUCGAAACUUUGGAACUUAAUACCGCCCAAUCUUUACUCUCCAAACUCUUUGAUGUUCCAAAGAUUGUCACCAAUAUUGAUGUCAUUUGUGUUUUAAUUCCCGCAUCAUUUUACUAUACCACCUGGACAAUGAUGUUCACCUCUUUGAGUACUACUUUACAAGAAGUAAGAGGGUAUUCGGUUUUGCGCGUUGGUCUUUGUUUCCUUGCUCCAGGAAUUGCAGGGACCAUUGGUAGUUUUGCUAAUGGGAAAAUUCUUGAUUGGUAUUACAAAAAAUGCCAUCAAAAAUAUCGUGAACAACUUAGUGAAUGGGAAGCAAAAUAUGGCAAUGAUUCUUCUUCAUCUAACUCGAUGAUACAUGAUGAUACCAAUGUUAUCCCUGCCAAACCCCAGUUUUCAAUUUUCAAAGUCCGUCUCGCCAUGCUUUUCCCGUGCUCGAUUCUUUUUAUUUCUGGACUUUUGAUCUUCUCAUGGUGUUUGGAGAAAAAUGCCCCCCUUGCCCCUGUUCUUAUUGGGACGUUCCUUACCUCACUUGUCAAUGCUCCAUACGUGGGCUCGUCAAUGAACUUAUUGGCCGAUAUGUACCCUGAUAAGACUUCUACCGGGGCCGCGUGUGUCAACCUUUCUAGAUGUCUAAUGGCAGCGUGCGGAGUGGCAGCGUUGAGUAGAAUGCAAGAUGCCAUGGGGAUUGGUGGUUGUUUUACCCUCAUGGCGGGAUUCUGUGGCCUCAGUUUAAUACCACUAUGGAUUGUCACUUGCCAUGGUCAGAGAUGGUUGGAUGAAAGAAUAGAGAAAGAGCGGUUGGCAGAGGAGAAAAAGCAAGAUAUCACUGAAAAGGUAUAA